GGGGCAUUGAUCAGUAACAUCUAAUUUCUCCAUGUAAGGAUUGAGCAGUUGGUUAAUCUUGUGGUUUUAGUCAAUAUCAUGGACAUUUUAUGGAUUUUAUAAGCUGGUGUAAAUGACUGCUGCUUCCUCCCAGACCAAGAUAACCUGCUCAGUCAGCUGGAGCCCCCUGUGGACAGCUGUCUCUCUCAGCUGAUGGAAGCUGCUGCUAACCACUGAAUGGGGGAGCAUGGAGUAACAACCACAGCACCAGCAGCCGCAGCAGCUGAAACAGCGGCAGUGGCGGCAGUAACAGCAGCAAGCAAGAGCUCUAUUGUUCCCUGAUGUUAAACAGUUUUUCCUUUUCGACUGAUUCUGACACUGGAGCAGGCUUCUGGAAGGCAUGGGGCUGAAAGAGAAGACCACAGCUUUAUCCAGUGGCCCAGGGACUUCCACUCUUCCAAGCAAAUAUAUUGGAGUUCUUGUGGUUCUUCUGUUUGGAAUCCGAGGAGCAACAGCACAAAGUGAAUUUGAAACUUCCUCCGUGUAUUUGUGGAAGACGGGUCCAUGGGGCAGGUGUAUGGGAGAUGAAUGUGGCCCAGGAGGCAUCCAGACACGUGCAGUCUGGUGUGCCCAUGUGGAAGGAUGGACCACGCUGCUUACAAACUGCAAGCUGGCAGAGAGGCCUGAUAACCAGCAGAACUGCUUCCGAGUUUGUGACUGGCACAAAGAAUUGUAUGACUGGCAGUUGGGCAACUGGAAUCAGUGCCAGCCUGUUCUCUCAAGGAAUGUGGAAAAACCAGCAGAGUGCAUCAGAGGGGAAGAAGGAAUUCAGACAAGAGACGUAAUGUGUGUCCAAAAAGCCAAUGGGGUUGUAGUGGAGGACACAAUAUGUGAAUAUUUUGAGCCUAAGCCACAGCUGGAGCAGGGAUGCCUCAUCCCUUGCCGGAAGGAUUGCAUUGUGUCUGAGUUCUUGGCCUGGUCGGAGUGCUCCAAGACCUGUGGCAAAGGGCUGAAGCACCGUUCUCGCCAUGUUGUUGCCCCACCUCAGUUUGGGGGCUCUGCCUGUCCUAACUUGACUGAGUUUCAGGUUUGCAGUUCUUCUCCAUGCACUGCUGAAGAAAGCAUGUAUAGUCUAAGUGUGGGUCCAUGGAGUACAUGUUCAGUGCCCCACUCACGACACAUACGGCAAGCAAGAAAGCGUGGAAAGAACAAAGAAAAAGAAAAGGACAAGGAGAAAGCAAUAAGGGAUCCUGAAGCCCGUGAGCUUAUUAAGAAAAAAAGGAAUCGUAACAGACAGAACAGACAAGAGAACAAAUAUUGGGACAUACAAAUUGGAUACCAGACGAGGCAGGUGACGUGUACUCACAGGAAUGGAAAAACCGUUGCCUUGAGCUUUUGCCAACAAGAGAAAUUGCCAAUUACUUUCCAGUCUUGUGUGAUAACAAAAGAAUGCCAGGUGACAGAAUGGUCUGAAUGGAGCCCGUGUUCCAAAACAUGCUUUGAUAUGACAUCCCCUAAAGGCAAUCGCACAAGAACACGGACCAUUAAACAGUUUCCCAUUGGUAAUGAAAAUGAGUGCCCGGAACUAGAAGAAACAGAAGAGUGUUUGUCUCAAGGAGAUGGAGUGCCUCCAUGUAUCACGUAUGCUUGGAGAACUACCGAAUGGACUGAAUGUCGCAUUGAUCCUUUACUGAGCCAACAGGAUAAGAGACGUGGAAAUCAAACAGCUCUUUGUGGAGGUGGGAUUCAGACUCGGGAGGUGUACUGUGUGCAAGCAAAUGAAAACCUCCUCUCCUAUUUAAACACUCUUAAAGAAAAAGAAGAAAGUCAGUCACAGAGUACAUCGAAGGCUAGUGCUGCACCACUUCUAUCAAUCACUUUUGAAAUAACAGCAUCCAAACCUGUGGAUUGGAAGCUGUGCACAGGCCCUACACCAAGCACCACCCAGCUGUGCCAUAUCCCAUGUCCUAUAGAGUGUGAGGUAUCAGUCUGGUCAGCUUGGGGGCCAUGCACUUUUGAAAGUUGUGACGAUCAACAAGCCAAAAAAGGCUUUAAACUAAGAAAACGCCGCAUCACAAAUGAACCCACGGGAGGCACUGGCAGCUGCCCCCACCUGACUGAAGCCAUCCCAUGUGAAGAACCUUCUUGCUAUGACUGGAGAAUAGUCAGGCUGGAUGAAUGCAUCCCAGACAAUGAGAAGGACUGUGGACCUGGUACUCAGGUUCCACAGGUGGUCUGUAUCAACAGUGAUGGUAAGCUAUUCUCCCAACUUUUCCUGCGGACUAAAUUAGAUCACAUAAUUGUAUUUUAUGGCACCUCUUGGGCUGAUCGGGAACAGUGA